UACCUGUCAAAAUGACAUCUCCUAAAUCCAUAUUUGUUUGUCACUAAACUAACCUAAUUUUAAAUUAUCUCUCAAGGAUGGACGAAACAAAGCCGGCUGUAUUCGAUCGCCUCUGUAGUGCGGAAAUCAAUGGGGUCCACACCAACUUUGUUUUCCAACAAUUUCAAAACAAAAUCUUCCUUCUGAUCACACAGAACCGGAAAAUAGGAAAUGUGUUCACGGUGCGCUUUGAGGCCGAGAACCUGGAGGACUACCCUUUUGGCGAAACACCGGCCGUUACGCCUCCUCUAAAUAUAAUUCAUUUCUUUGGCGAGGAUACAGACGAAAUCCGAAGUGCAGUGCAAUUCAUAAUUUGCAAUUCCAAGUUGAAACGAAGUACGAAGGAAGUGAUGAUAAGUCUUGGUCUGAAUGAGAUAAAUGGAAAAUGUCUGAAGGAAAUAGUGGAAUUUUUGGAGAAUUUAGUAUAAUUUGGAUUAAUAAAAGCUUUUUAUAGGCAAAAAA